AUGUUUUCUGUUGAGGUCGAGGUUAGCGAGCUUGCGGGUAUGAAUACCGUCAUAUUACGAAUAUUACCAAUGGAUUCGGCCGAGUAUGCAAUAUUAGUAGAUUUCGUUUUGACCAUCGGUGAGGAGACGAUAGAGGUGAAAAGGGAUCUAUGGGAGCCCGGAAAGAAAGUGCUGGAAAAACACACAGCUAGCAGCGGAUCUCUGAACCUUAUGGUUUGCACGGUGCAACUACUUUCAUCUGUGAACCUGAGUCGUCAGACAGCAUACAGGAAUUUUGAAGUUCGUUGUGGUCCCUACAAUUUUUUUGUCGAUCUUCGAACACUUGCCGAACUUGGUGGACCACUGUUCAGCAGUUGGAAAGUGGAGCAGGAAGCAGGCGUGGAUUUUGUCGAAGUGACUGAGGUAGCACCUGAUGAUAUGAAGAUAUUAUUGCAUGCCACGGCUCGUUUUGGAUCGGUAGUGAUUCACAAGCAAGUUUUUGAUUCUUCAUCACUAGACAAUUAUUUGGUGAUGAGCAUCUUGGCAUCUCAAUAUCGUAUGCUUACUGUGCUGCGUGAAAUUGAAUCAUACUUGAUUAUUGCUAAAAUGCCAUUGAUACGUAAGUUGGAGUUCGCCGUGGAACUUCGAAUGGCCAGACUCUACGAUAUGACGAUGAGAGAAAUUGGUCCGAAUGCUGUUGAAGAGGUGGAUCUUUGGAUAUUUUGUCAAUCAGACUCUGCCUUAAACUGUGUGUCUACUGCCUUUGAAAUCAGUGCCUUCCGAAAAGGUCUAGACAUUCUCGAGCACCUGACUUUCUAUCCCGUACGACCAAUGUGUUUCGACAACGAUACUUCUAUCAGAAACCUAAACUUUGUUCGCAUUCCAACUGCAAUUGAAAAACAUCCAUUCUCUGCCUUUCGAAUCUUAACUCGUAAAGAAUUGGGACACAGGUCCGAGUAA